UAAAAACUAGAGUUCCCAACUUAACUAUGCAACACAAGUCUUAGUUCUGUCCUUCUCUUGUCCCAAUAUAGUUGCAAAAUGAGAAGCUUUGGGAAUUUAGGGCAAUGGCCUCUUCUUGCUGUUGCUUUGGCAAUUUGCUUUGUAGCCAGCACUGUUGUUGCUGAUUACUCUAAUGGGUAUACUUCUCCCUCACCUUCUUACAUUUCUAAGAAGUAUUACAAAUCACCAUCUUUACCCAAGUACCCAGUACCUACUCCUUACUAUAAGUCACCUGCUAUUGCAAAGCACUACUACAAGUCGCCAGUUUCUGUAAAAUACUACAAGUCAUCAGUUCCCGUAAAAUACUACAAGUCUCCCGCUCCCGCUAAAUACUACAAGUCCCCAGCUCCCGCAAAAUACUACAAGGCGCCAGCUCCCGCAAAAUACUACAAGUCGCCAGCUCCCGCAAAAUACUACAAGUCGCCAGCUCCUUCAAAGAACUAUUACAAGUCACCAUCCCCAGUAAAAUAUUCGCCUGCUCCCUCUAAAUACUACAAGUCACCGCCGCCACCAAAAUAUUACAAGUCCUCAGUUUACUACAAGUCUCCACCACCACCAGCUUAUUAUGAAAAAUCACCUUCGUAUUACAAGUCACCUCCACCUCCUCCAAAAUACUAUGAGCAAUCACCAUCUUCUUACAAAUCUCCACCUCCACCAUACUAUAAAGAAUCUACACCUUCCUAUAAAUCUCCUCCACCUCCACCAAAAUACUAUGAGCAAUCGCCUAUAACUUACAACUUACCAUCUCUACCAAAGACCUAUGAAAAAUUACCAUCUCAUUACGCACCUCCACCACCCGCAAACUAUUACAAGCAAACUCCCACCUAUGCCUCACCUCCACCACCUGAGAAGUACGAGCAAUCCGUCACCUAUGCUUCACCUCCACCCCCAUUAGCAUCUCCUCCACCAACCUACUACUGAAAUUAACUAUUCAGUCAUUUUUCGUCAUUUCCAUGACUUUUAAUUCCUUUUUGUCCUCUUAUUUUUAGCAACUCCCAUUUCCUCUGCCAAAAUUUGAUGUAUGCUUCCCGAAUGAUCGGGUUUACUUAUUAUGUGUUCAUGUUCUUUUGUUUUAAUAAUUUGUAUUAUUUAUUGUUUGAUUUAAGUACGAUUCUCGAGAUCUCCAUCAAUUGUUCUCAUUAUAUCGAGAUUCUUUGCAUUCUACUUUUCUUAGUUCUGUA